AUGGUCAGAUUCAAGCUGCCUGCCAAAAAUACUAUUGUCUUCGUUUAUAUCAGUUACACGGUCACUGUUCAAUGGUCAGAUUCAAGCUGCCCGCCAAAAAUACUAUUCUCUUCGUUUAUAUCAGUUACACGGUCACUGUUCAAUGGUCAGAUUCAAGCUGCCCCCGCCCAGAAAACCGUUCUCUUCGUUUAUAUCAGUUACACGGUCACUGAUCAAUGGUCAGAUUCAAGCUACCUGCCAAAAAUACUAAUCUCUUCGUUUAUAUCAUUUACACGGUCACUAUUCAAUGGUCAGAUUCAAGCUGCCCCCCAGAAGACCGUUCUCUUCGUUUAUAUCAGUUACACGGUCACUGUUCAAUGGUCAGAUUCAAGCUGCCCCCCAGAAAACCGUUCUCUUCGUUUAUAUCAGUUACACGGUUACUGUUCAAUGGUCAGAUUCAAGCUGCCCCCAGAAAACCAUUCUCUUUGUUUAUAUCAGUUACACGGUCACUGUUCAAUGUUACACGGUCACUGUUCAAUGGUCAGAUUAAAGCUGCCCACCCCAGAAAACCGUUCUCUUCGUUUAUAUGAGUUACACGGUCACUGUUCAAUGGUCAGAUUCAAGCUGCCCCCAGAAAACCGUUCUCUUCGUUUAUAUCAGUUACACAGUCAGUGUUCGAUGGUCAGAUUCAAGCUGCCCCCCAGAAAACCGUUCUCUGCAUUUAUAUCAGUUACACAGUCACUGUUCAGUGGUCAGAUUCAAGCUGCCCACCAUAAAACUGUUCUCUUCGUUUAUAUCAGUUACACGGUCACUGUUCAAUGUUACACGGUCACUGUUCAAUGGUCAAUUCAAGCUGCCCCCAGAAAACCGUUCUCUUCGUUUAUGUCAGUAACACAGUCACUGUUCGAUGUUACACGGUCACUGUUCAGUGGUCAGAUUCAAGCUACCCCCCAGAAAAUGGUUCACUUCGUUUAUAUCAGUUACACAGUCACUGUUCAAUGGUCAGAUUCAAGCUACCCACCCCUCAAAAAAAAGUGCUCUUCGUUUAUAUCAGUUACACGGUCACUGUUCAAUGGUCAGAUUCAAGCUGCCCACCAUAAAACCGUUCUCUUCGUUUAUAUCAGUUACACAGUCAGUGUUCGAUGUUACACGGUCACUGUUCAAUGGUCAGAUUCAAGCUGGCCCCCCAGAAAACCGUUCUCUUCGUUUAUAUCAGUUACACGGUCACUGUUCAAUGGUCAGAUUCAAGCUGCCCCCCAGAAAACCGUUCUCUUCGUUUAUAUCAGUUACACGGUUACUGUUCAAUGGUCAGAUUCAAGCUGCCCCCAGAAAACCAUUCUCUUUGUUUAUAUCAGUUACACGGUCACUGUUCAAUGUUACACAGUCAGUGUUCGAUGGUCAGAUUCUUCAAUGCUGCCCCCAGAAAACCGUUCUCUGCAUUUAUAUCAGUUACACAGUCACUGUUCAGUGGUCAGAUUCAAGCUGCCCACCAUAAAACUGUUCUCUUCGUUUAUAUCAGUUACACGGUCACUGUUCAAUGUUACACGGUCACUGUUCAAUGGUCAGAUUCAAGCUGCCCCCCAGAAAACCGUUCUCUUCGUUUAUGUCAGUAACACAGUCACUGUUCGAUGUUACGGUCACUGUUCAGUGGUCGAAUUCAAGCUACCCCCUUCGUUUAGAAAAUGGUUCACUUCGUUUAUAUCAGUUACACAGUCACUGUUCAAUGGUCAGAUUCAAGCUACCCACCCCUCAAAAAAAAGUGCUCUUCGUUUAUAUCAGUUACACGGUCACUGUUCAGUAGUCAGAUUCAAGCUGCCCCCCAGAAAACCGUUCUCUUCGUUUAUAUCAGUUACACAGUCAGUGUUCGAUGUUACACGGUCACUGUUCAAUGGUCAGAUUCAAGCUGGCCCCCCAGAAAACCGUUCUCUUCGUUUAUAUCAGUUACACGGUCACUGUUCAAUGGUCAGAUUAAAGCUUCCCACCCCAGAAAACCGUUCUCUUCGUUUAUAUGAGUUACACGGUCACUGUUCAAUGGUCAGAUUCAAGCUGCCCCCAGAAAACUGUUCUCUUCGUUUAUAUCAGUUACACAGUCAGUGUUCGAUGGUCAGAUUCAAGCUGCCCCCCAGAAAACUGUUCUCUGCAUUUAUAUCAGUUACACAGUCACUGUUCAGUAUCCAGAUUCAAGCUGCCCACCAUAAAACUGUUCUCUUCGUUUAUAUCAGUUACACGGUCACUGUUCAAUGGUCAGAUUCAAGCUGCCCGCCAGAAAACCGUUCUCUUCGUUUAUAUCAGUUACACGGUCACUGUUCAAUGGUCAGAUUUAAGCUGCCCCCCAGAAAACCAUUCUCUGCAUUUAUAUCAGUUACACAGUCACUGUUCAAUGGUCAAAUUCAAGCUGCCCCCCCAGAAGACCGUUCUCUUCGUUUAUAUCAGUUACACGGUCACUGUUCAGUGGUCAGAUUCAAGCUGCCCACCAUAAAACUGUUCUCAUCGUUUAUAUCAGUUACACGGUCACUGUUCAAUGGUCAGAUUCAAGCUGCCCCCCCAAAAAAAGUGCUCUUCGUUUAUAUCAGUUACAUGGUCACUGUUGAAUUUUACACGGUCACUGUUCAAUGGUCAAUUCAAGCUGCCCCCAGAAAACCGUUCUCUUCGUUUAUGUCAGUAACACAGUCACUGUUCGAUGGUCAAUUUAAGCUGCCCGCCAAAAUACUAUUCUCUUCGUUUAUAUCAGUUACACGGUCACUGUUCAGUGGUCAGAUUCAAGCUACCCCCCAGAAAAUGGUUCACUUCAUUUAUAUCAGUUACACAGUCACUGUUCAAUGGUCAGAUUCAAGCUACCCACCCCUCAAAAAAAAGUGCUCUUCGUUUAUAUCAGUGACACAGUCAGUGUUAUUCAUGGUCGAUUUCAAGCUGCCCACCAUAAAACUGUUCUCUUCGUUUAUAUCAGUUACACGGUCACUGUUCAAUGGUCAAUUCGAAUUCAAGCUGCCCCCAGAAAACCGUUCUCUUCAUUUAUAUCAGUUACACAGUCACUGUUCAAUGGUCAGAUUCAAGCUGCCCCCCAGAAAACCCGUUCUCUUCGUUUAUAUCAGUUACACAGUCACUGUUCAAUGGUCGAAUUCAAGCUACCCACCCCUCAAAAAAAAGUGCUCUUCGUUUAUAUCAGUUACACGGUCACUGUUCAGUAGUCAAUUCAAGCUGCCCCCAGAAAACCGUUCUCUUCGUUUAUAUCAGUUACACAGUCGGUUUACCACGGUCACUGUUCAAUGGUCGAAUUCAAGCUGGCCCCCAGAAAACCGUUCUCUUCGUUUAUAUCAGUUACACGGUCACUGUUCAAUGGUCAGAUUAAAGCUGCCCACCCCAGAAAACCGUUCUCUUCGUUUAUAUGAGUUACAUGGUCACUGUUCAAUGGUCAGAUUCAAGCUGGCCCCAGAAAACCGUUCUCUUCGUUUAUAUCAGUUACACAGUCAGUGUUCGAUGGUCAGAUUCAAGCUGCCCCCCAGAAAACCGUUCUCUGCAUUUAUAUCAGUUACACAGUCACUGUUCAGUGGCCAGAUUCAAGCUGCCCACCAUAAAACUGAUCUCUUCGUUUAUAUCAGUUACACGGUCACUGUUCAAUGGUCAGAUUCAAGCUGCCCCCCAGAAAACAAUUCUCUGCAUUUAUAUCAGUUACACAGUCACUGUUCAAUGGUCAAAUUCAAGCUGCCCCCCAGAAGACCGUUCUCUUCGUUUAUAUCAGUUACACGUUCACUGUUCAGUGUAACACAGUCACUGUUCAAUGGUCAGAUUCAAGCUGCCUACCAAAAAUACUAUUCUCUUCGUUUAUAUCCGUUACACGGUCACUGUUCAGUGGUCAGAUUCAAGCUACCCCACAGAAAACAGUUCUCUUCGUUUAUAUCAGUUACACGGUCACUGUUCAAUGAUCAGAUUCAAGCUGCCCCCCAGAAAACCGUUCUCUUCGUUUAUAUCAGUUACGCGGUCACCGUUCAAUGGUCAGUUGCAAGCUGCCCCCCAGAAAACCGUUCUCUUCAUUUAUAUCAGUUACACGGUCACUGUUCAGUAGUCAGAUUCAAGCUGCCCACCAUAAAACUGUUCUCUUCGUUUAUAUCAGUUACACGGUCACUGUUCAAUUGUCAGAUACAAGCUGCCCCCCAGAAAACCGUUCUCUUCGUUUAUAUCAGUUACACGGUCACUGUUCAAUGGUCAGAUUCAAGCUGCCACCCAGAAAACCGUUCUCUUCGUUUAUAUCAAUUACACGGUUACUGUUCAAUGGUCAGAUUCAAGCUGCCUAUCAAAAAUACUAUUCUCUUCGUUUAUAUCCGUUACACGGUCACUGUUCAGUGGUCAGAUUCAAGCUGCCCCCCAGAAAACCGUUCUCUUCGUUUAUAUCAGUUACACGGUCACUGUUCAGUGGUCAGAUUCAAGCUACCCCACAGAAAACCGUUCUCUUCGUUUAUAUCAGUUACACGGUCACUAUUCAAUGGUCAGAUUCAAGCUGCCCCCCAGAAAACCGUUUUCUUCGUUUAUAUCAGUUACACGGUCACUGUUCAAUGGUCAGAUUCAAGCUGUCCCCCCAAAAAUGCUCUUCGUUUAUAUCAGUUACCGCGGUCACUGUUCAGUGGUCAGAUUCAAGCUGCCCCACAGAAAACCGUUCUCUUCGUUUAUAUCAGUUACACGGUCACUGUUCAAUGGUCAGAUUUAAGCUGCCUACAAAAAAUACUAUUCUCUUCAUUUAUAUCAGUUACACGGUCACUGUUCAAUGGUCAGAUUCAAGCUGCCCCCCCCCAAAAAAAGUGCUCUUCGUUUAUAUCAGUUACACGGUCACUGUUCAAUGGUCAGAUUCAAGCUGCCCCCAAGAAAACCGUUCUCUUUGUUUAUAUCAGUUACACUGUCACUGUUCAAUGGUCAGAUUUAAGCUGCCUACAAAAAAUACUAUUCUCUUCAUUUAUAUCAAUUACACGGUCACUGUUCAAUGGUCAGAUUCAAGCUGCCCCCCAGAAAACCGUUCUCUUCGUUUAUAUCAGUUACACGGUCACUGUUCAAUGGUCAGAUUCAAGCUGCCCACCAAAAAUACUAUUCUAUUCGUUUAUAUCAAUUACACGGUCACUGUUCAAUGGUCAGAUUCAAGCUGCCCCCCCACCCCCAAGUGCUCUUCAUUUAUAUCAGUUACACUGUCAAUUUUCAAUGGUCAGAUUAAAGCUCCCCACCAAAAAUACUAUUCCUUCAUUUAUAUCAAUUACACGGUCACUGUUCAAUGGCCAGAUUCAAGCUGCCCGCCCCCAGAAAACCGUUCUCUUCGUUUAUAUCAGUUACACGGUCACUGUUCAAUGCUCAGAUACAAGCUGCCCCCCACAAAACCGUUCUCUUUGUUUAUAUCAGUUACACAGUCACUGUUCAAUGGUCAGAUUCAAGCUGCCUGCCAAAAAUACUAAUCUCUUCGUUUAUAUCGGUUACAUGGUCACUGUUCAAUGUUCAAUGUUCAAUUCCCCCCAGAAAACCGUUCUCUUCGUUUAUAUCAGUUACACCGUCACUGUUCAAUAUUACGGUCACUGUUCAAUGGUCAGAUUCAAGCUUCCCCAGAAAACCGUUCUCUUCUUUUAUAUCAGUAACACAGUCACUGUUCAAUGGUCAGUUUUAAGCUGCCCGCCAAAAUACUAUUCUCUUCGUUUAUAUCGGUUUACAUGGUCACUGUUCAAUGGUCAGAUUCAAGCUGCCCCCCCCAGAAAACCGUUCUCUUCGUUUAUAUCAGUUACACGGUCACUGUUCAAUGUUACACGGUCACUGUUCAGUGGUCAGAUACAAGCUGCCCCCCAGAAAACCGUUCUCUUCGUUUAUAUCAGUUACACGGUCACUGUUCAAUGGUCAGAUUCAAGCUGCCCGCCAAAAAUACUAUUCUCUUCGUUUAUAUCAGUUACACGGUCACUGUUCAGUGGUCAGAUUCAAGCUGCCCGCCAAAAAUACUAUUCUCUUCAUUUAUAUCAGUUACACGGUCACUGUUCAAUAGUCAGAUUCAAGCUGCCCGCCAAAAACACUAUUCACUUCGUUUAUAUCGGUUACACAGUCACUGUUCAAUGUUCAGAUUCAAGCAGCCCCCCAGAAAACCGUUCUCUUCGUUUAUAUCAGUUACCACGUUACGAUCACUGUUCAGUGGUCAGAUACAAGCUGCCCCCCAGAAAACCGUUCUCUUCGUUUAUAUCAGUUACACGGUCACUGUUCAAUGGUCAGAUUCAAGCUGCCCGCCAAAAUUACUAUUCUCUUUGUUUACAUCAGUUACACGGUCAUUGUUCAGUGGUCAGAUUCAAGCUUCCCCCAGAAAACCGUUCUCUUCGUUUAUAUCAGUUACACAGUCACUGUUCAGUGGUCAGAUUCAAGCUGCCCCCCCAAAAUGCUCUUCAUUUAUAUCAGUUACACGGUCAAUGUUCAAUGGUCAGAUUCAAGCUGCCCACCAAAAAUACUAUUCUCUUCGUUUAUAUCAGUUACACGGUCACUGUUCAAUGGUCAGAUCCUAGCUGCCCCCCCGAAAAACCGUUCUCUUCGUUUAUAUCAGUUACGGUCACUGUUCAAUGGUCCGAUUUAAGCUGCCCGCCAAAAUACUAUUCUCUUCAUUUAUAUCGGUUACACGGUCACUGUUCAAUGUUCAGAUUCAAGCGGCCCCCCAGGAAACCGUUCCCUUUGUUUAUAUCAGUUACACGGUCACUGUUCAAUGGUCAGAUUCACGCUGCCCGCCAAAAAUACUAUUCUCUUCAUUUAUAUCAGUUACACGGUCACUGUUCAAUGGUCAGAUUCAAGCUGCAUCCUCCAAAAUGCUCUUCGUUUAUAUCAGUUACCACGGUCAAUGUUCAAUGGUCAGAUUCAAGCUGCCCACCAAAAUACUAUUCCCUUCAUUUAUAUCAAUUACGGUCACUGUUCAAUGGCCAGAUUCAAGCUGCCCGCCCCAGAAAACCGUUCUCUUCGUUUAUAUCAGUUACACGGUCACUGUUCAAUGCUCAGAUACAAGCUGCCCCCACAAAACCGUUCUCUUUUGUUUAUAUCAGUUACACAGUCACUGUUCAAUGGUCAGAUUUAAGCUGCCUACAAAAAAUACUAUUCUCUUCAUUUAUAUCAGUUACACGGUCACUGUUCAAUGGUCAGAUUCAAGCUGCCCCCCAAAAAAAAUUGCUCUUCGUUUAUAUCAGUUACACGGUCACUGUUCAAUGGUCAGAUUCAAACUGCCCCCAAGAAAACCGUUCUCUUUGUUUAUAUCAGUUACACUGUCACUGUUCAAUGGUCAGAUUUAAGCUGCCUACAAAAAAUACUAUUCUCUUCAUUUAUAUCAAUUACACGGUCACUGUUCAAUGGUCAGAUUCAAGCUGCCCCCCAGAAAACCGUUCUCUUCGUUUAUAUCAGUUACACGGUCACUGUUCAAUGGUCAGAUUCAAGCUGCCCACCAAAAAUACUAUUCUAUUCGUUUAUAUCAAUUACACGGUCACUGUUCAAUGGUCAGAUUCAAGCUGCCCCCCCACCCCCAAGUGCUCUUCGUUUAUAUCAGUUACACUGUCAAUGUUCAAUGGUCAGAUUAAAGCUCCCCACCAAAAAUACUAUUCCCUUCAUUUAUAUCAAUUACACGGUCACUGUUCAAUGGCCAGAUUCAAGCUGCCCCGCCCCCCAGAAAACCGUUCUCUUCGUUUAUAUCAGUUACACGGUCACUGUUCAAUGCUCAGAUACAAGCUGCCCCCCACAAAACCGUUCUCUUUGUUUAUAUCAGUUACACAGUCACUGUUCAAUGGUCAGAUUCAAGCUGCCUGCCAAAAAUACUAUUCUCUUCGUUUAUAUCGGUUACAUGGUCACUGUUCAAUGUUCAGAUUCAAGCGGCCCCCCAGAAAACCGUUCUCUUCGUUUAUAUCAGUUACACCGUCACUGUUCAAUAGUCAGAUUCAAGCUGCCCCCCCCAAAAAAAACCGUUCUCUUCGUUUAUAUCAGUUACACGGUCACUGUUCAAUGGUCAGAUUCAAGCUGCCCGCCCAAAAUACUAUUCUCUUCGUUUAUAUCAGUUACACGGUCACUGUUCAAUGGUCAGAUUCAAGCUGCCCACCAAAAAUACUAUUCUCUUCGUUUAUAUCAGUUACACGGUCACUGUUCAAUGGUCUGAUUCAAGCUGCCCACCCCAAAGGGCUCUUCAUUUAUAUCAGUUACAGGGUCAAUCUUCAAUGGUCAGAUUCAAGCUGCCCACCAAAAAUACUAUUCUCUUCAUUUAUUUCAGUUACACGGUCACUGUUCAAUGGUCAGAUUCAAGCUUCCCCCCAGAAAACCGUUCUCUUCGUUUAUAUCAGUAACACAGUCACUGUUCAAUGGUCAGUUUUAAGCUGCCCGCCAAAAAUACUAUUCUCUUCGUUUAUAUCGGUUACAUGGUCACUGUUCAAUGGUCAGAUUCAAGCUGCCCCCCCCAGAAAACCGUUCUCUUCGUUUAUAUCAGUUACACGGUCACUGUUCAAUGUUACGGUCACUGUUCAGUGGUCAGAUACAAGCUGCCCCACAGAAACCGUUCUCUUCGUUUAUAUCAGUUACGGUCACUGUUCAGUGGGUCAGAUUCAAGCUGCCCGCCAAAAAUACUAUUCUCUUCAUUUAUAUCAGUUACACGGUCACUGUUCAAUAGUCAGAUUCAAGCUGCCCGCCAAAAACACUAUUCACUUCGUUUAUAUCGGUUACACAGUCACUGUUCAAUGUUCAGAUUCAAGCAGCCCCCCAGAAAACCGUUCUCUUCGUUUAUAUCAGUUACACGGUCACUGUUCAAUGGUUAGAUUCAAGCUGCCCCCCCAGAAAUCCGUUCUCUUCGUUUAUAUCAGUUACACGAUCACUGUUCAGUGGUCAGAUACAAGCUGCCCCCCAGAAAACCGUUCUCUUCGUUUAUAUCAGUUACACGGUCAUUGUUCAAUGGUCAGAUUCAAGCUGCCCGCCAAAAUUACUAUUCUCUUUGUUUACAUCAGUUACACGGUCAUUGUUCAGUGGUCAGAUUCAAGCUUCCCCCAGAAAACCGUUCUCUUCGUUUAUAUCAGUUACACAGUCACUGUUCAGUGGUCAGAUUCAAGCUGCCCCCCCAAAAUGCUCUUCAUUUAUAUCAGUUACACGGUCAAUGUUCAAUGGUCAGAUUCAAGCUGCCCACCAAAAAUACUAUUCUCUUCGUUUAUAUCAGUUACACGGUCACUGUUCAAUGGUCAGAUCCUAGCUGCCCCCCCCCGAAAACCGUUCUCUUCAUUUAUAUCUGUUACACGGUCACUGUUCAAUGAUUCAAGCGGCCCCAGGAAACCGUUCCUUUGUUUAUAUCAGUUACGGUCACUGUUCAAUGGUCGAUUCACGCUGCCCGCCAAAAAUACUAUUCUCUUCGUUUAUAUCAGUUACACGGUCACUGUUCAAUGGUCAGAUUCAAGCUGCAUCCUCCAAAAUGCUCUUCGUUUAUCUCAGUUACACGGUCAAUGUUCAAUGGUCAGAUUCAAGCUGCCCACCAAAAAUACUAUUCCCUUCAUUUAUAUCAAUUACACGGUCACUGUUCAAUGGCUGAUUCAAGCUGCCCCGCCCCCAGAAAACCGUUCUCUUCGUUUAUAUCAGUUACGGGUCACUGUUCAAUGCUCAGAUACAAGCUGCCACCCACAAAACCGUUCUCUUUGUUUAUAUCAGUUACACAGUCACUGUUCAAUGGUCAGAUUUAAGCUGCCUGCCAAAAAUACUAUUCUCUUCGUUUAUAUCGGUUACAUGGUCACUGUUCAAUGGUCAGAUUCAAGCUGCCCGCCAAAAUUACUAUUCUCUUUGUUUAUAUCAGUUACACGGUCACUGUUCAAUGGUCAGAUUCAAGCUGCCCGCCAGAAAACCGUUCUCUUCGUUUAUAUCAGUUACACAGUCACUGUUCAAUGGUCAGAUUCAAGCUGCCCGCCAAAAAUACUAUUCUCUUCAUUUAUAUCAGUUACACGUUCACUGUUCAAUUGUCAGAUUCAAGCUGCCCGCCAGAAAACCGUUCUCUUCGUUUAUAUCAGUUACACAGUCACUGUUCAAUGGUCAGAUUCAAGCUGCCCGCCAAAAAUACUAUUCUCUUCGUUUAUAUCAGUUACACGGUCACUGUUCAGUGGUCAGAUUCAAGCUGCCCGCCAAAAAUACUAUUCUCUUCAUUUAUAUCAGUUACACGGUCACUGUUCAAUAGUCAGAUUCAAGCUGCCCGCCAAAAACACUAUUCUCUUCGUUUAUAUCGGUUACACGGUCACUGUUCAAUGUUCAGAUGCAAGCGGCCCCCCAGAAAACCGUUCUCUUCGUUUAUAUCAGUUACACGGUCACUGUUCAAUGGUCAGAUUCAAGCUGCCCGCCAAAAUUACUAUUCUCUUUGUUUAUAUCAGUUACACUGUCACUGUUCAGUGGUCAGAUUCAAGCUUCCCCCAGAAAACCGUUCUCUUCGUUUAUAUCAGUUACACAGUCACUGUUCAGUGGUCAGAUACAAGCUGCCCCCCAGAAAACCGUUCUCUUCAUUUAUAUCAGUUACACGGUCACUGUUCAAUGUUACACGGUCACUGUUCAUUGGCCAGAUUCAAGCUGCCCACCCCCCAGAAAACCGUUCUCUUCGUUUAUAUCAGUUACACGGUCACUGUUCAAUGGUCAGAUCCUAGCUGCCCCGCCCCGAAAACCGUUCUCUUCAUUUAUAUCUGUUACACGGUCACUGUUCAAUGCUCAGAUUCAAGCUGGCCCCACAAAACCGUUCUCUUCGUUUAUAUCAGUUACACAGUCACUGUUCAAUGGUCCGAUUUAAGCUGCCCGCGAAAAAUACUAUUCUCUUCAUUUAUAUCGGUUACACGGUCACUGUUCAAUGUUCUGAUUCAAGCGGCCCCCCAGAAAACCGUUCUCUUCGUUUAUAUCAGUUACACGGUCACUGUUCAAUGGUCCGAUUUAAGCUGCCCGCCAAAAAUACUAUUCUCUUCAUUUAUAUCGGUUACACUGUCACUGUUCAAUGGUCAGAUUCAAGCUGCCCCCCCCCGAAAACCGUUCUCUUCGUUUAUAACAGUUACACAAUCACUGUUCAAUGGUCAGAUUCAAGCUGCUCGCCAAAAAUACUAUUCUCUUUGUUUAUAUCACUUACACGGUCACCGUUCAAUGGUCAGAUUCGAGCUGCCCCCCAAAAAUACUAUUCUCUUCGUUUAUAUCAGUUACACGGUCACUGUUCAAUUGUCAGAUUCAAUCUGCCCCCCAGAAAACCGUUCUCUUCGUUUAUAUCAGUUACACAGUCACUUUACACGGUCACUGUUCAAUGGCCAGAUUCAAGCUGCCCCCCCCCAGAAAACCGUUCUCUUCGUUUAUAUCAGUUACAUGGUCACUGUUCAAUGGUCAGAUCCUAGCUGCCCCCCCCCAGAAAACCGUUCUCUUCAUUUAUAUCUGUUACACGGUCACUGUUCAAUGGUCCGAUUUAAGCUGCCCGCCAAAAAUACUAUUCUCUUCAUUUAUAUCGGUUACACGGUCACUGUUCAAUGUUUAGAUUCAAGCGGCCCACCAGGAAACCGUUCCCUUCGUUUAUAUCAGUUACACGGUCACUGUUCAAUGGUCAGAUUCACGCUGCCCGCCAAAAAUACUAUUCUCUUCGUUUAUAUCAGUUACACGGUCACUGUUCAAUGGUCAGAUUCAAGCUGCAUCCUCCAAAAUGCUCUUCGUUUAUAUCAGUUACACGGUCAAUGUUCAAUGGUCAGAUUCAAGCUGCCCACCAAAAAUACUAUUCCCUUCAUUUAUAUCAAUUACACGGUCACUGUUCAAUGGCCAGAUUCAAGCUGCCCCGCCCCCCAGAAAACCGUUCUCUUCGUUUAUAUCAGUUACACGGUCACUGUUCAAUGCUCAGAUACAAGCUGCCCCCACAAAACCGUUCUCUUUGUUUAUAUCAGUUACACAGUCACUGUUCAAUGGUCAGAUUUAAAGCUGCCUGCCAAAAUACUAUUCUCUUCGUUUAUAUCGGUUUACAUGGUCACUGUUCAAUAUUUCAGAUUCAAGCGGCCCCCAGAAAACCGUUCUCUUUGUUUAUAUCAGUUACACCGUCACUGUUCAAUAGUCAAUUCAAGCUGCCCCCCCAAAAAACCGUUCUCUUCGUUUAUAUCAGUUACACGGUCACUGUUCAAUGGUCAGAUUCAAGCUGCCCGCCAGAAAACCGUUCUCUUCGUUUAUAUCAGUUACACAGUCACUGUUCAAUGUUACACGUUCACUGUUCAAUUGUCAGAUUCAAGCUGCCCCCCAGAAAACCGUUCUCUUCGUUUAUAUCAGUUACACAGUCAGUGUUCGAUGGUCGAAUUCAAGCUGCCCGCCAAAAAUACUAUUCUCUUCGUUUAUAUCAGUUACACGGUCACUGUUCAGUGGUCGAUUCAAGCUGCCCGCCAAAAAUACUAUUCUCUUCAUUUAUAUCAGUUACACGGUCACUGUUCAAUAGUCAGAUUCAAGCUGCCCGCCAAAAACACUAUUCUCUUCGUUUAUAUCGGUUACACGGUCACUGUUCAAUGUUCAGAUUCAAGCAGCCCCCCAGAAAACCGUUCUCUUCGUUUAUAUCAGUUUCUCGGUCACUGUUCAAUGGUCAGAUUCAAGCUGCCCGCCAAAAUUACUAUUCUCUUUGUUUAUAUCAGUUACACGGUCACUGUUCAGUGGUCAGAUUCAAGCUUCCCCCAGAAAACCGUUCUCUUCGUUUAUAUCAGUUACACAGUCACUGUUCAGUGGUCAGAUACAAGCUGCCCCCCAGAAAACCGUUCUCUUCAUUUAUAUCAGUUACACGGUCACUGUUCAAUGGUCAGAUUCAAGCUGCCCCCCCAAAAUGCUCUUCAUUUAUAUCAGUUACACGGUCAAUGUUCAAUGGUCAGAUUCAAGCUGCCCACCAAAAAUACUAUUCUCUUCGUUUAUAUCAGUUACACGGUCACUGUUCAUUGGCCAGAUUCAAGCUGCCCACCCCCCAGAAAACCGUUCUCUUCGUUUAUAUCAGUUACACGGUCACUGUUCAAAGGUCAGAUCCUAGCUGCCCCGCCCCGAAAACCGUUCUCUUCAUUUAUAUCUGUUACACGGUCACUGUUCAAUGCUCAGAUUCAAGCUGGCCCCACAAAACCGUUCUCUUCGUUUAUAUCAGUUACACAGUCACUGUUCAAUGGUCCGAUUUAA